AUGUCGAAUAAGUCUGUGCCCUUCGGUUCCGGAACAAGGGAGGUCCCCGCCCAAAAGGCGAGCAAGUGGUACCCGGCCGAGGACGAGUCACUGCCAAAGAAGGUCCGCAAAACCCCCAGACCAACCACCCUCCGUCCCUCCCUCCAGCCCGGCGCGAUCCUCAUCGUUCUCGCUGGUCGAUUCCGUGGAAAGCGUGUUGUCUACCUCAAGAACCUCGGGGGCGGUGUUCUUCUUGUUACUGGGCCCUUCAGGAUCAACGGUGUUCCCCUCCGCCGUGUCAACGCCAGAUUCGUCAUUGCUACCUCAACUAAGGUCGAUCUUGCCGGUGUUGACACAGACAAGUUUGACGAGAAGUACUUUGCCCGCGAGAAGGAGUCAAAGAAGUCCAACGAGGAGAAGUUCUACGAGGGUGGAAAGAAGGUCAAGGGAAAGAGCACUCCUGAGGCCCGCAAGGAGGACCAGAAGGCCGUCGACGCUGCCUUGAUCAAGACCAUCAAGCAGACUCCUCAGCUCUCCUCAUACCUCGCCUCCAACUUUGCCCUCUCCAAGGGUGACAGGCCCCAUUUGAUGCAGUGGUAG